CGAGAAACCCGCCGAACGAUCAAACUGUUUCCCUUCCACGAACGGCAGAUUUCAACUCAUCUUGCUACUGACUUGAUGAAGGGGUCGGUCUUCUCGGAAUCGCAUUGUCCCCGUCUCUAUCUCUCUCUCAUUCAUCAUCUGGAUUUUUCGAAUCUCGAAACCUAAAUUUACAAAGCGCAAUGUUUGCGUAAGAAUUUGAUUUGACCUGGAAUUGAAUUGAAUUGAAUUGAAAAUGGCCGGGGAAAGCAAUCCUCAAGAAGAGAUGAAGGUGGUGAAGGGGCCGAACGGCUAUGUUCUUGAAGAUGUUCCUCACUUGAGUGAUUACCUCCCCAACAUCCCUACUUUUUCUAAUCCAUUACGUUCUGAUCCUGCAUAUUCAGUUGUGAAACAAUACUUUGUUGACAUGGAAGAUGUUGUUCCUCAAAAGGUUGUUGUUCACAUUGAUAGUCCAAGGGGUGUACAUUUUAGGCGUGCUGGUCCUCGUCAAAAGGUGUAUUUUAGUCCAAAUGAGGUGCACGCUUGUAUUGUAACAUGUGGCGGGUUAUGCCCAGGGCUGAAUACUGUGAUCAGGGAAAUUGUUCAUAGCCUUCACACAUAUGGUGUCACCAAAGUCCUUGGAAUAGAGGCUGGGUAUAUGGGUUUCUAUGCAAGGAAUACAAAAAAUUUAACUCCAAAGCUUGUAAAUGACAUACAUAAAAGGGGUGGUACAAUCCUUGGAACAUCUCGAGGAGGCCAUGAUACUGCCAAAAUUGCAGAUAGUAUUCAGGAUCGUGGAAUUAAUCAGGUCUAUAUAAUUGGAGGGGAUGGAACUCAAAAAGGAGCAGCGCUGAUCUACAAGGAACUAAGGCGGCGUGGUCUCCAAGUUUCUGUUGCUGGAAUCCCUAAAACAAUUGACAACGACAUUUCGGUUAUUGACAAAUCAUUUGGCUUUGAUACCGCUGUAGAGGAGGCUCAGCGUGCCAUCAAUGCGGCACAUGUUGAAGCUGAAAGCGCUGAGAACGGUGUUGGUGUUGUAAAGCUAAUGGGUCGCUAUAGUGGAUUCAUUGCAAUGUAUGCUACUUUGGCCAGCAGAGAUGUUGACUGCUGUUUGAUCCCAGAGUCCCCAUUCUACCUCGAAGGAAAAGGUGGACUUCUUGAGUUUGUUGUGAAACGACUAAAAGAAAAUGGGCACAUGGUUCUUGUGGCAGCUGAAGGAGCAGGACAGGACCUCAUUGCAGCGGAGACUUCAAAUUCCAAGACUGGACAAGAUGCUUCAGGAAACAGGCUUCUCCGUGAUGUUGGUUUAUGGAUUUCUCAAAAAAUCAAGGAUCAUGCUAAAAAGCUGAACUUUCCCAUUACUCUUAAAUAUAUAGAUCCGACCUACAUGAUCCGUGCCAUUCCAAGUAAUGCCUCUGACAAUGUGUAUUGCUCAUUGCUGGCUCAAAGUGCAGUCCAUGGAGCGAUGGCUGGGUAUACAGGCUUCACUUGUGGGCUUGUCAAUGGUCACCAGACUUACAUCCCAUUCAAUCGCAUCACGGAGCAGCAAAACCAGGUUGUGAUAACCGAUAGGAUGUGGGCCCGACUUCUUUCGUCGACCAACCAGCCGAGCUUCUUGCACCCAGACGUCGUCGAUGAAGCUCAAAGCAAGCAAUCUGAGCUGUUUGAUGAAAAGAGUAGAACUGAGCAUGUCAAGACAGUCAUGCAGGAAAGCCUUUGAAAUUCACUGAUAUCUUUAGGUGCCUCAGCUAGCUGCUAAUGGCCAUUUGCUAUAUGGAGCUUCAACACUUAAAUUUUUAUUGUUUGAUUACUAAAAUAGAAAGUGGUAGGGAGAGUGUCAGUGUGCUUUGUAUAGAUUUUUUAAGGUCCCAGUUAUAGUUAAACUGCAACCAAGUUCUUUUGUGAUGAAUCUUAUCGCUUGUGAUGGAUUGAUUGAUAUAGGCCUUGUUUGGACACUAGCAGUUGACAGUUGGCUGUUUAUGUU